AUGGAGUUCAGGGCCCCCAAAACCCCUGAGGAUGGGGACCCAGAGGAGGACACAGCCACAGCCCUCCAGCGGCUGGUGGAGCUGACAGCUGCGAGGGUGACCCCAGUGAGGAGCCUGCGCGUCCAGUACCGCCUCAUCCGAAAGCUGGGCUCCGGCUCCUAUGGCCGCGUGCUUCUCGCCCAGCCUCGCCAAGGGGGUCCAGCUGUGGCUCUCAAGCUCCUCCGUCAGGACUUGGUCCUAAGAACCACCUUCCUGCGAGAGUUCUGUGUGGGUCGCUGUGUCUCCUCCCAUCCUGGCCUGUUGCAGACACUGGGAGCCCCAUUGCAGACCCCUCGACAUUUUGCCUUUGCCCAGGAGUAUGCACCCUAUGGGGACCUCAGUGGAAUGCUCCAGGAAAAGGGCCUCCCAGAGCUGAUGGUGAAGCGGAUAGUGGCCCAGCUGGCUGGAGCCUUGGACUUUCUGCACGGCCGGGGACUGGUGCAUGCAGAUGUCAAACCAGACAAUGUGCUGGUCUUCGACCCUCUCUGCAAUCGUGUGGCCCUAGGUGACCUGGGUCUGACCCGGCCAGAGGGUAGUCCAACUCCAGCCCCACCAUUGCCUCUGCCCACCGCUCCUCCUGAACUCUGCCUCCUGCUGCCGCCUGACACCCUGCCCCUGCGGCCGGCCAUGGACUCCUGGGCCCUAGGGGUGCUUCUCUUCUGUACUGCUACUGCCUGUUUCCCUUGGGAUGUGGCUCUGGCCCCUGACCCUGAGUUCGAGGCCUUUGCUGGCUGGAUGACCACCAGGCCUCAGCCCCCCCAGCCACCAGCACCAUGGGAUCAGUUUGCAACCCCAGCCUUGACAUUGCUCCAGGGGCUUCUGGACCUGGAUCCUGAGACUAGGAGUCCCCCAUUGGCUGUCCUGGAUGUCCUGGGGGAUGACUGGGGGUUGGAGGGUAGUGGGGACCAACUUGGGAGCUUGGGUAGUAUGUCCUAUGAGGAGGGGGAAGAGGCAGAAGAGGGAGGGUCAAGCUUGGAAGAGUGGACAGAUGGCGAGGAGGACAAAGGCAAAGGUGGCAGGAGCAAUGGGGACAGAUCAGGAAGCUCCCUGACCAGGUGA